CUAAAACCCAGUCUCUGUUUAAAACCACCACAGCAAGAGUCUCCGAUUGAAGAAGAAGAUGGAGUGUGUAGUUCCACUACGGCGAUGCUUCUCUCUCACUACGCCGGAGAUACGCCACCACAUCGUUAACAACAGUCACCGACAUCUCCAUCUCUCUUUCUCCUCCUCCAAUUCCUUAGCAGCAGGGAUAUCGCUUCUCCCUGGUAAGAAGAACCGGUUUCUAUCUCCAGUCACGAAGAACGCUUCCCUGAAUCGCCUGAACUCGUCUGUGAUUGGUAACUCGGAAGAAGAUGAUGAUGAUGAUUCGGAUUGGGAGUCAGAGUUUCUUGGGGAGAUUGAUCCGUUGGAAGUUCAGCCUCCAAAGAAGAGGAAAAAGCAGGCAAAGUCGAAAGCGCUUGAUGUCACUGAAGGGAUGGAUUGGUGUGUAAGGGCAAGGAAAAUUGCACUUCAGUCUAUUGAGGCUAGAGGGUUGUCUUCUAGAAUGGAGGAGGUGAUGCCUCUCAAGAAGAAGAAGAAGAAGAAGAAGAUCAAGAAAGAUAAGGUUAAAAGUAAAAGUAUUCCUGAAGAUGAUUUUGAUUCAGAUGAAGAAGGUUUGGACUUUUUAGAUCGAUCCGUGGAGGAGGAUAAGAUGGGAGAACUGAGGAUGAGAGUUAGCUCAUUAGCUGGUGGGAUGUUUGAGGAGAAGAAAGAGAAGACGAGGGAGCAGUUAGUUCAGAGGCUGUCCCAGUUUUCAGGACCUUCUGAUCGGAUGAAGGAGAUCAACCUGAACAAAGCUAUAAUAGAAGCACAAACCGCUGAAGAGGUACUGGAAGUAACAGCUGAGACAAUCAUGGCUGUUGCCAAAGGUUUAAGCCCAUCGCCACUGUCUCCCUUAAACAUUGCUACUGCACUCCACCGGAUUGCCAAGAACAUGGAGAAAGUUUCCAUGAUGAGAACUCGUAGGCUUGCGUUUGCUCGGCAAAGAGAGAUGUCUAUGCUUGUUGCUCUUGCAAUGACAUGCCUACCAGAAUGUUCAGCUCAAGGCAUCUCAAAUAUUGCUUGGGCUUUGUCCAAAAUCGGGGGUGAAUUGCUUUAUAUGACAGAGAUGGAUAGAGUCGCAGAAGUUGCGACAUCUAAGGUUGGGGAGUUCAAUUCUCAGAAUGUUGCUAAUAUUGCAGGCGCUUUUGCUUCCAUGCGGCAUUCUGCUCCAGAACUCUUUGCUGAGUUGUCAAAGAGGGCAGCUACCGUUAUCACCACCUUUAAAGGGCAAGAGAUUGCUCAACUAUUGUGGUCAUUUGCCUCGCUUUAUGAGCCAGCUGGUCCUUUGCUUGAUUCUUUGGACAGUGCUUUCAAAAGCAAUGAACAGUUCAAGUGCUGCAUGACGAAAGAAACAUCGAAUUAUGAUGAAGUAGCAGACGCUGAAGUAAGCGAUGGUGUUUCAGGAUCUCCAACACUUAGCUUUAACAGGGACCAGCUUGGAAACAUAGCAUGGUCUUAUGCUGUUCUUGGGCAACUGGAGCGAUCUUUCUUUGCAAGUAUAUGGAAUAUCUUGACAACUUUGGAAGAGCAAAGGCUUUCGGAACAGUAUAGGGAAGAUGUCAUGUUUGCUUCUCAGGUGUAUCUCGUGAAUCAGUGCUUGAAACUUGAGUAUUCCCACCUCAAGUUGUCACUAUGUGAGGGGCUCGAAGAAAAAAUAACCCGUGCAGGAAAAACAAAGAGGUUCAAUCAGAAAAUAACCUCAUCUUUUCAGAAAGAAGUUGGACGCCUUCUAAUAAGUACAGGAUUUGAUUGGGCUAAAGAACAUGAUGUGGAUGGCUACACUGUGGAUGUUGCUCUGGUCGAGAAAAAAGUUGCUUUAGAAAUCGAUGGGCCAACUCAUUUCUCAAGAAACACUGGACUACCAUUAGGGCAUACGAUGCUGAAGCGGCGAUAUGUUACUGCUGCUGGAUGGAAGGUGGUAUCCUUGUCUCUUCAAGAGUGGGAAGAACAUGAAGGAAGCCAUGAACAGCUAGAAUAUCUGAGGGAGAUUCUCCAAGGCUGCUUGUAGAGAAGACAGAAACGAAAUACGUAAGACAUAGUUAUUUCAUGGUUGUUAAUCUAAGUGCUCUUUCCUUAAGGUAUAUAGCUAAGCUUAUUGUAUCAGACUGAUGAUUUAUGUUUUCAGCAAUGAAACAUAAUUAAAAACAUUUAAAUUAUACAUCUUCUUCACAAGCUUCUGCCAAGAGAGCACUAUUGUGUUCUUGGUUAUUUCUCAUGCAACAGAAAAUAUAGAAUACACAUUUUGACGGAAACAGUAUACCAUAGAGAGGCCCUAGCUCUUGAUCUGUGACAACAUAGUCCUGACAUCUUUGCUGUUUGGCCUCUGUUUCGGAUCAUCCAGAGUACAGUAACAAGCAAUUUUCAGAAUCAGAAGCAUCUGUUCAUCGAAUCCUUGUUCCAUCAACUUGGGAUCGAUAGCAAGGCUUGGAUUCUCCGACGUUACCAUGUUCCUCAUCCACUUUAUCAGACUCAUCUCGUCAGUAGUCUGGAAAAACUCAUCCGAAGGAAGCUUCCCAAUCACAAGGACACCAAGAAUCACUCCAAAACUAUACAUAUCACAUUUAUCUGUGAACUUGAGUGUUUGAUGAUACUCCGAUGCUAUGUAUCCCACAGUACCUGCAAGUUUCGAGGCUGUAAUGUGCGUGACUGCAUCAGGCAUUACCUUUGCCAGCCCGAAAUCUGAAAUUCUAGCCUCCAUGUCGUCAUCAAGAAGAAUAUUUGCUGGCUUCAAGUCUCUGUGAAUGAUUGCUGGUUUAUGAUCCAUGUGUAGGUAUUCAAGCCCUGCAGCUAUACCUACAGCAAUCUUGUGCCUUGCUGGCCACAUUAACUCUCUGUUUCCAGCUGCUACAUCGGUCAGUAUAUCUUGCAAACUCCCGUUUUU